UGACCGGCGCCCACGCUGCACUCGGCUGGCCAGACCCCCGCCAGACACACUUCAAAAUUCUCCUCCGCGCCCGUUUCUGACAGUUAAGCAACCAAACCUUCACCAACAUGUCGGACGACGCCGCCGUUGCGCCCGCGGAGAAUAACGUCAGCACCCCUGCAGAGAAAAAAAAUCGAACCAGCACGGUCUCACGAGCCACAGCAGAAGGUGAGGCACUCCUCAAAGAGAUGGGAUUUGAGGACAAGGAGACCCCAGGGCGGAGGAGAACCCGGGCUGCUAUAAGGGGGGAUGUUUAUACGCCACCUGCAAAGAAGGAGAGGAAAGCAGCAACACCAGGAAGUGGGCGUAGAGGACGUCCCCCAAAGAAGACUGAAGAGAAGAAAGAAGAAGAACCAGCAGCAGAGGAGGAAGAGAAAAAUGAGGAGGAAGAAGAGAAAGUAGAAAAGGAAAAACCAGCUGCAGAUGAAGAAGCCGCUGAGGAAGCCAGUGCAGAUGGAGAUGCAGAUGCAGAAGAAAAGACCGAGUGAGGGGAAUCCCAAGAGAGCCAUGGUACAAAUUGUUUACCUGAUGAUUCUACAAGUACACAAUAAGGUUGUAAGGUGUUUGUAAGGCGCACACACAGGUGAAGAGUUAAGUUGGAGGGAAGAGGGAGGGGGGAGGGAUAGAGGGGGGGAACUCAAAUGCAAGCUCACUACAAGUCCUGGCCAGAGCAUUAUCUGCUAUGACUGUAAUUUAUGUUAAUGUGGAUUUCAAUCAGAUUGUUUUUAGUUACUUUGAUGUGAAAUGAAGGUAGUUUUUGUGGCAUCAAUAGAAGUGGUAUGAUUUUAUACAUGUUGAGUGUAUACUUUUCCGCUUCAAAGUAAUAUGCAAAUUCAUGUACCAUUUACUGCCCAUAAAUCACUACAUUACACACACACACACACACACACACACACACACACACACACACACACACACACACAUGCAUACAUACACUUUAUAUUCACUAAUUUACAAAGAUACACAUAGUUCUUGUCUUAA